AGCAUUUGAUGGGUCUACCAAUGCUUCGCUGAGGCUGUCCCUAACAGACAGGAAACGAUGUGAUCAGUGCUGCAUAGUCGUAUGCUUCAUCGCGAUCUAGACUGCCAGACUGCCCAUCCUUUAGAACGAACAUUCUAGGUUAUAUGUUAUAAUAGCCCGUAGCAUUCUCUAUAUAAAAGACCAUCGACGUUCCAUUACCCUGUACUAUAUCUUCCCCCUUAUUUAAUACAAUACUACUUACAAAAUACUUUCUUUUUAUCUUUACUCUAAGAAUUAACCAAGAAACACGUCAUCAGACAAUUACUUAUUUAGGUACUUGUACUAUUACAACAUGCCUACUCCUGCUCAACCGAAUAACAUUCGCGUCGAUAUCGCCAACUUACCUACAGUAGCAGUCGGUCCCACUAGCCCCCAGCACGAAAAGGAGGCUGCGCGCGCAAUAAGCAGGACCGACAGCUGGGAGCCGUCCCUGGGGCGCCAGCAGAGCUACUACAAGGAAGACCAGAAGCACGUACAACAGAUGAGCGGCGUACAGGACGUCGAGGUGUGCCCGGGGUUCACCGAGCGCAAGUAAAUUGUCUUGGGUACCUUUAAUGUACUACUCAUCAACAACACCUAUUCUUUUUUCAAACAAUUCACCACUCGUGAAGUUUUUAUGGGUUGGGAAGAAGAAUCACAUGAUUGCUUUCAAUUAGCAAUAACUACUACUAGAUUGGGUUGUUUUACGGACGAUGGGGAAUAUACGGGUUGGUUUUAUGCGGGAGUUCCGGAUUUUGUAAGGGGCAAAAUGAUUUAGCAUGAUCAAUUGGGUGGGGGAAACGGUACAAAAGGUUGGAAACAAGAUUGAAAAGGCGACAUGACUCCAACAUAUUGGAACUUCCCUAACACACCUUAAAGGUUAGGUACUUCCGUAUACGAUUGUGUAUUACAUAUCAAUUAUACCUAAUAUUUACCUAAUGUCUCUUCACUAACUUAGCAGAUGCAGUCUGCGGAGUUAAGCC